AUGGUUGGCGUUUCAAGCCGGACUCGUAGCAAAAAUGUUCCUUUGUUUUCUAGUUUUUCGCUUGACUGUUCAUCUUCUAAGCGGAAAAAGAGUGAUGAAGAUGAUAUGGGUUUUGAAUCUGUUUCUGGGUCUAAGAGAAGAAGGGUAAAAAAUGAAACUUUGGUGAUUCCUCAGAAUGAUGAUGAGGUUAUUUUUAUUGAGGAUGAUGAUUAUGAUGAAGGGUCGGAGCAUUGUGAUGAGAAGAUGUUUGAGGGUGAUGUUGAUGUUAAAAUGGAAGCGAAAAGUGAUGAGAUUGAAGGAAGUUGUGAGAUUGGUGAUAAAAAUGGAAGCUUUGAUGAUGAAAAGUGUGGUUGGGAUCGCGAAAAUCCGAUUACAAUAGAUUCAGAAGAUGAACAGUUUGUUGAUUCUGAGGCUGAGGAUGAAGGAGGUGAUGUUAGAAAGGAAGUAGAAGUUGAUGGAAGUGGAGGAAGAUGUGAGAUUGAUGAUAAAGAUGGAAACUUUGAUGAUGAAAAAUGUGGUUGGGAAAAGGAAAAUCCGAUUACAUUUGACGAAGAGGAUGAACAGUUUGUUGGUUCUGAGGCUGAUGAUGAAAGAGAUGAUGUUAGAAAGGAGGUGAAAGUUGAUGGAAGUGGAGGAAGUGGUGAGUUUGUUGAUAAAAAUGAAAAUUUUGUUGAUUCUGAUGAGAGUGAUGAAGAUGAUGAUUCUGAUGAAAGUGAGGAAAAUGAUACUAGUGAUGAGGAUUUUAGAGUUGAUGAGGUGAAUGAGAUUAUUGACGAUGAUGAUGACAGUUCUUCUGAAUCUUCUUUUGCUGAUGAUAGUGGGGAGGAGGAGGAAGAGAAGAAGAAAAAGGGUUCUGGAAAAUCCUUCAAUGUGGUAGAGGAGCUGAUUAGAGAGGUGAAUGAUGAAAAAAGUGGGGAGGAGGAGGAGGAGGAGGAGAAGGAGAAGAAGAAGGUGAAUGAUAUUUUUGUUAGUGAUGAUGGAAAUUCAAAUGAUGUUGAUAAUGAUGAGGAGGAGAUUAGGGAAGAGGAGAAGGAGAAUGAGAUUUCUGAUAGUGAUGGAAGUUCAAACGAUGUUAUUGUUGAUGAUGAUGAGGAGGAGGAGUUUAGGGAGGAGGAGAAGAAGGGUUUGAGUGAACCAAACAAUGUGGUGGAGGAGGACAAAGAGGAGAAUUUGGAUCCGUUGUGGCAAAAAUGUGACAAAUAUUUGAUGGAGGAGGAGGAGCGGUUGAAAGAGGUGAAGGAUAAAAAAAUUGGAAUUUGUAAGAGGAAUAAUCAGAAGAAAAAGAUUAAGAUUAGGGAUGAGGAGAAGAAGGGUUUGAGAAAACCAAACAAUGUGGUGGAGGAGGACAGAGAGGAGAUUAUGGAGGAGAAGAAGGAUUCGGAUAAACAGAAAAUGGCGGAGAACAAACUAAGAAAAGAUUAUAAAGGCAGAUUUAACAUCCAAAAUGGCGAUAAGAAAGAAUCCAAGGAUAACAAUGGUUUGAAUCGAAGGGGCAAAAGUGCGUAUUUUACGUCGAAGGAUUUGAGUUUAGUCAAACUCCUUGCUGAAUGCUAUUCUGACAAGCAAAAUACCAUGAAGAAUGAUCCAAUUCUGUUGGAUAAUGAUGAUGGUGAUGAUGUUAAUCCGCAAGAGACACGGACACCGCCGGUUUGUGUUGAGACACCUCUGAUAUGGAGCCUAAAGAAGGUUCAAAAGGUGGAAUUGACUGAAGAGGAGGAGGAGGAACGUAGGAAGAAUGAAGAGUUAAAGCCCAUUUGGGAUGAAUUUGAAACAGCCGAAAGAGAAAUGGAAGCUGAAUCCAAGAUUGGAAAUUUAGGUACAAAUGAAGCUACACGGGAAAAUAACGGAAGUCCUUCAUCUCGCUGUGAGCAUGAUAUUGUUUAUGACGAAGCGAUUGGUGAUUAUUGCAAAUCGUGUGGUAAAGUUAUUACUGAGAGCAAAUAUAAGACACAACUAGUGGAGGAUAGAUAUCCGAAUGAAGGUUCAAGAAGAAGGGCGUCAAUUGGUGGAGACGAUGUGUCACUCUUUGAUCGGUCUCACUUGAAUGUUUCUGAUGAUGACUCGAAGGAUAAUGUUUCACAUACUGAAGUCAGAGUUUGGGACAAAAUUCCUGGUGUGGAACAAACCUUAUACCCUCACCAACAAGAAGGUUUUGAGUUCAUAUGGAAAAACUUGGCUGGAAGUAUUGAGCUUCAAAAGUUAAAGAAUGCCGAUCCUCGCAGUGAAGGUGGCUGUAUUAUUUCUCAUGCUCCUGGAACCGGAAAGACAAGGCUGACAAUAGUUUUCCUCAAGGCAUAUUUGAAGUUGUUUCCAAAAUGCUUGCCGAUUGUUGUCGCUCCUGCUAGUUUACUACUGACUUGGGAAGAGGAAUUCAAGAAAUGGGACAUUGGAGUUCCAUUUCACAAUUUAGGCAAUUUAGAGCUAUCUGGUAAAGAGCAUGCCGAUGCGGUUAACAAAUUCGAUAGCUUUAGUACACGGCAUCAUGCUGAUGAAACACGAAUGGCGAAACUGAUUUCGUGGUUCAAAGAAACAAGCAUUCUUGGAAUGAGCUACAAUUUGUAUGGAUCAAUUUGCCAACAUAAGAAAGAGGAAAAGCUUAAAAGUUUGAAGGAGACAAAAGGAAACUUUGAUAUGCGAGAUGUUCUACUUAAAGCUCCUGGUUUGUUGGUUCUUGAUGAAGGACACACACCAAGAAAUCAAAGAAGUCAUAUUUGGAAGGUGUUGAAGAAGAGUCAAACACCGAAGCGAAUUAUCCUUUCCGGAACUCCAUUCCAAAAUAAUUUCUCGGAGCUUUACGGCACUUUGAGCUUAGUCAAGCCUUCUUUUCCUACCAUGAUACCGCCUGAGCUAAAAACGUUUUGUAAUAAGCAGGUACAAAAAUCAUCUAAAAAAUGGGGUUGGGAAGCUUAUUCAGGCAACAUAGAAAGAGACCCUUCUGAUGAUGAUAAGAUCAAGAAGUUGAAAUUGCUAAUGGAUCCCUUUGUUCAUGUUCACAAAGGUGCGAUCCUUAAAAGUAAGCUUCCCGGGUUAAGGGAAUGUUUGGUGACUUUGAAGGCAGAUAGUUUGCAGAAUGAUAUUCUGAAGAGUAUUAAACGUUCUCAUAACACAGUAUUUAACUUUGAGCGUAAGAUUGCAUUGGCAUCUGUCCAUCCAUCUCUUUUCCUUAAAUGUCAUCUUUCGAAAGAAGAAGAUUCUUUACUCGACAAGGAUAAGAUAAAACAGCUUAGAAUGAACCCACAUGAAGGUGUCAAAACAAAAUUUGUGUACGAGUUUGUUCGGCUGUGUGAUGCUUCCAACGAGAAAGUCCUUAUUUUCAGCCAAUUCCAUGCUCCUUUACAAUUAAUUCAAGACCAAUUAAACUCGGCUUUUAACUGGUCUAACGGAGAAGUGCUGUUCAUGUCUAGCAAUGAUUCUACAAAGGAUAAGCAGUCCAUAAUCCAUAGCUUCAAUGAUGAAAAUAGCAAAGCGAAGGUUCUACUUGCAGCUACAAAAGCUUGUUCCGAGGGAAUUAGCUUAGUUGGAGCUUCAAGGGUUGUGCUUCUUGAUGUUGUAUGGAAUCCUUCGGUUGAAAGACAGGCUAUCAGCCGAGCAUAUAGGAUUGGACAAAAGAAGGUGGUAUACACAUACCAUCUUCUCGCUGAAGGGACUAGUGAGGCAGAAAAAUAUGGCAAACAGGCCGAAAAGGAUCGGUUAUCUGAGCUCCUUUUUUCAGCUAAAAAUGCCACCGAUAAUGAUGUGUCCAAGCGCCGUGCUGUGAACUUUGAAGAUGAAGUUCUUGAUAAGAUGACUCGACAUAAAAAGCUCAUAGACAUGUUCGUUAAGUGCGUCGUACUGAGGAAGGAGCAAGAUUUGGUCUGAAAGUUUUGGCCAUCGAUCAACUGUUGUGCUUGCAAAGAUUCUUCAACAUUGCUGCUAACUAUACAAAAUUUAAAGCAGGCUUGUUAACUUAUUAGAUUUAUAAUUUAUUGAAGUCUGAAGGUAUAGCAUAUUGAAUUUAGCUUAUUUAUAAAAUUAACAAUUGAACAUGUAUCAUAUUGAAUGUAUCUUCUAUAUUUACAUUGGAGCUUAAGUGCUUUUGAGCUUAUAAUUGAUUGAAGAUGUAGCUUAUUGAAUUUAGCUUCUAUAUUUAUAUUGAAGCUUAAGUGAUUUUGAGCUUAUUAGUUUGAUUGAAAAAUCUUGUACCACAUCACAUGAUUCUCUGAACUACUACUACUAAUGAAGACAAUUAGUGAUUAUGAUGCAUUGGCAUCAUUAGCAUAAAUGGCUAAUUUUCAUUAGAGUUACAUUUUCAAUGAAGUUCAUUUUUUGGGAGUUUUCUGCUA